AUGAUAUCAACAAAAACUCUCGUCGUCGCAGCCCUCGUACUGUCGCUCUGCUACUCGUGCAGCGGCUCGAAGGACACCUGCAAGUGGAUACAGCAGGAGCAGUUCGUGUACACCAGUCGGAGAACUCUAAUGACGCUGACAGAUAUGGAAAGCGCCGUUUCGUCGUUCAAAAUGAAUCUGAGAAUUCCACACAAAGUCUACAGAAUUCAUAAGCAUUCUUUGACUGGCGACAGUGUUUUGUUGGUGUACGAUGCCAUCCGCAACAUCAGCGCAAUUUUUCGAGGACGCGUGGCCGAGACCCCUUGUAAGAACGUCUCUGAGCUGAUGAGCGCCCUCCAUCGGGAGAUGAAGGAGCUAAAGGACUGUAUGAAGGAAAUGAAUUACGCAGAAAACAGGCAGACAACCGAGUGGAAGCUGCUGGAGGUCUAUUUUCAGAAAAUGGACGAUUAUUUGAAACAAGAGAAUUAUAGCUCCGAUGCCUGGCAUGCCGUGUGCUCUCAGGUUCAAGACAACUUACAGAGGAUCGACCACCUCAUGGCCCACAUCAGCAAGAGAAUGAACUAG